AGGCAGAGAGCUCCUGGAAACAUCUGGGGAGAGCAGCUGCAGGAUGCACUUCUUCACUCUCCUCUGGACGCUCGGCUUCCUGCUGAAGGAGGCGCAGGCAUGGGGCUUCAAAAAUGGAAUAUUUCAUAAUUCAAUAUGGCUGGAACAAGCAGCUGGAGUUUACCACCGGGAAUCACGCAAAGGGAGAUACCAGCUGACUUAUAAAGAGGCCAAGGCUGUCUGCAAGUACGAGGGAGGGAAGCUGGCCACUUACGAACAACUGGAGGCGGCUCGUCAAAUAGGUUUCCAUGUGUGUUCUGCUGGAUGGUUCGACAAAGGACGAGUUGGUUACCCCAUCGUCAAAGCUGGCGCCCACUGUGGCUUUGGGAAGAUUGGCAUCAUUGACUACGGACACAGGCGGAACAAAAGUGAAAAAUGGGAUGUGUACUGCUACAACCCAAACUCCAAGGAGUGUGGUGGGGUGCUGACAGACCAGCAGAGGAUCAUUCAGUCUCCCGGCUUCCCUGAGGAGUACCAGGACGAACAGAUCUGCUACUGGCACAUCCGUGUGCGCCUGGGCCAGAGGAUCCGCCUCCACUUCAUGGAGUUCGAUGUGGAGGAUGACACGGGCUGCCUGGCAGAUUACCUGGAGGUGUACGACAGCUACGACGAUGUCUCCGGCUUCGCUGGGAGAUUCUGUGGCGAUUAUUUACCUGAUGACAUCAUCAGUACAGGAAACGUGAUGACGCUGAAGUUCCUGUCUGACGCCUCAGUCACAGCCGGCGGCUUCCAGUUCCAGUACACUGCCUUUAAUGCGUCUCUGUACUCACAGAAUCACACCCAGUAUCUUCACUGAGCGGUGGUUUCAAACACUGAUGUAAUCCUGUUGCUGUAUUUAUGAUGUCAUUGGUUACAUCAUGUACUGUAUGUAGUCAGUCUUUGAAGCUGAUGUAUGAAAUGAAUCUGUCAUUAAAUGGUGUUUCUGAUGUUGUUCUCGUGUUUAAAUAAAGUCAACAGUCCUGACUCUG